UAUUGAGUUCUUGUGGUCUCCAAAAGACAGCAGUUACAGAACCAUACAUCGACACGGCCACACGGGGAGAGUCACAAGUGACUAGGUGAGCCAUGGCCGCAGGAGCCGCCUGCUACUACCACCUGGCGGCAGGAAGGGGGAGCCCCUCGUCGCUAUCUCUGGGCCUCAAGCCGUCGCAGAGCAAGGUGUUCUUCAUCAGAGGCAGCGCCGGCAGUAGCACUAGCAGCCGGUGGUGGAUGAGGAGAAGGAGAGGUGAGGGGAAGGCGAAGGGCGGCAGCAGCAGCGGCCGGGCUGCAAGACCGAGGCCUGCCUUGUUCUCCCCUGUGGUCAUGGAGUGGCAGGAGUGCAGCACUGAGAUAGAAGCUGAUGUUCCAUGUUCAAUCGCCUAUCAGUGUUACUUGGAACGUGAGACAAUUCCUCAAUGGAUGCCAUUCAUAUCAUCUGUCAAGGUCCUUGAAGAUAAACCAGAUCUUUCACGUUGGACUCUGAAGUAUGCGAUACUCGGUCGAGAUGUAGAAUUUUCCUGGCUUGCCCGAAACAUGACCCCAACCAAAAAUCAAAAGAUCCAUUGGCGAUCUCUUGAAGGUCUUCCUAACAGGGGUGCUGUCCGAUUUUUCCCUAAAAGUCCAUCAUCUUGUAGAGUACAACUAACUGUGGCCUAUGAAAUUCCUGAAAUUCUGACACCAGUUGCAUCGGCACUGAAACCAUUUCUGGAAGGGUUGCUUCUCAAUGGUUUGGAACGCUUUGUGACAUUUGCAAAGGAGCGCCAUAGCAAGACCCUUCAGCCUUGAGGAGAUCAUCCACAUUCCGGACAAAGAAUGCCAGUUUCAUUCACAUUUGCUUUAAAAAUUGUACAAUGCCACUAGACGUGGCUAGUGAAAAACUGUGCUAUAUCCAAAUGGAAGAAGAGUCACGUUUCUUCUAAUAAAAUGUUGAAACUCUUACGUUCUCAC